CUGAAUUCCCCAUUCGUGUGGGGCAUAAAUUUGACAAGAAUAGUCCAAGUUCGAGGCAAACUAAAAGGCAAAAAGGAAAAAGGAAGCAUCUAGCACUCCAAUGGAUGGAGUGGCACUCGUAAUACUCUAUAGUCGACCUGUGUACACAUUGACGACGAUGUCUGAUACAGUUGUAUGUACAAACAGUUAGACAGGUGUAACUGAAAAGACUGCAACUGAUUACAAACGGGUUGACAACAAAAAAACAAAACAAAACAAAUAAAAAACAAGAUAAUUCUUCAGACGAUAGUUCCAACAUGGAGAUACCCAUUUCCAAUGUGUUGUUGCUCUGCCUGAUAUUCCUGCUAAUCGGCGGAGUCAUUAUGAUACUUCUUCAGUAUUUGCUUUUUAUCAAAUUUUCCAAUUUGCCCGAUGAGAGCGAAGAGCAAAAGCAAAUGAAUGCCAAGUACACCUUGCCACUGAAUAUUAAGCAAACCGCUCGGGACUUGAAUACGGCGCAAACUGAUGGUGGAGCCUGUGAGAUGCAUCCGAAUAAUGAUCACGGCUCGUCGACUUUGGUAUCGUUGAAUUUCGUUAUGCAGUUCCUGUUCCAUGAGUUCAAAAACUCGAAUCGUGUUCGCAAAUGGUUCUACCGAAAACUGUCCAUUGAGCUGGAUGAGCUGAUAACAAAGACAACGACGGGCAAGCUAUUGGACAAACUGACGAUCAGGGAACUUGAGCUGGGCGAUCAAUUUCCAAAUAUCAGAUCCCUUUCAGUGCAUAAUGUGCAGCUGGACGACGCUGAGCAGCGUAUCGAGAACUUAGAUCUACUGCUGGACAUCAACUAUAUUGGAAACUUCUCAACAUCGAUCGAUGCGGAUAUGGUGCUGGGCAAGAAGGGUUCCAUAAUGCUGAAAGUUAAACAACUUUCGGGCAUGGCCCGAUUGCAGUUCACUCGAAAGCCUUACACACACUGGUCCCUCAGCUUCUUGGGCGAUCCAGAACUCAACUUAGUCAUCGAAUCGAAGUAUCAAGGGCGACAAAUGCAGUCCAAUAUUACUAACCUCAUUUCGAAUCAAAUACGCAAGGCAGUGCGACGCAAACAUACCCUACCCAACUAUAAGCUACGCUAUAAGCCCUUCUUCCAUUGGGCGGCCGACGAGGAGAUAACCGACUGUGACAUACAGCCUAAUGGAGGGCUGACUGUGCGCGUGGCCGAGCUGUCGCGACUGAUGGCCUGGCCGGGCACCAGCAGCGUCUACUGCACGAUUACCCUGGCGCCAGUGCCAUUCAUUGAGGCGCAUCAGAAGGACCAUCGUCACGUGCUAAUCUCCAUGGAUGUGAUCAUACACAAGGCAAAGAAUCAACAGAUAGGCAUUGUGUUCAAGCAAAGCAGCAGCCAGGUGGUCAAGAUUGAGUCCAUAUUGCCGAAUACGCCCGCUUGCAAGAGCAAUCUAAUGUCAGGUGAUGCGCUUGUUUCCAUCGAGGGCAAGCAGGUGACAACUAUUCAGCAAAUUGCCAAGGUGGUAAAGAGUCUGCAGUCGACGGUCUGCUGCCUGCGCAUCGAACGCAUAAUACCGGGCAUCAUACGCAACGAUGCGAUACUUGAGGAUCUGGAGAAGUAUGACGAUUUGUGCGAUAUUCCUGCAAGCAUUAGGCAUGAGCCCGAUGAGACCGAAGCAGUGUCCAAGCAUUUAGCAGCUAAGGCCAGUCAUAGUCGCAACUCCAACGAGUCCAGUCUAAGCGCCACACCAACGAACUCACCUAAGAAGUCUAACAUCAUUGCGAAAGCCAUCAAGAAGACGAUUAGCCGGGACAGCGGCGAUAGUCAAAAGGAAAAGGACAAACCAAAGCUGGAUGAGACGCCGGUGAAAGUGUCCUACCAGAGCCAAUCCGACGACAAGUACCCCAGUGCAAGCGACAGACCACUGGAUGAAGUCAACUAUUUCUAUCAGCACUCGACAAUCGACUGCCCCUUCAGCCCUCUCAUCCACAUGGAUGAUCUGUCCAACUUUCAGCUGGACGCCAAUAGUCGCUAUCUGAAUGUAUCCGUGUUCGGCAAGUGCGCAGGCGAGAGCAUACUGCUUGGCUACUACAACAUACAGGUCAGUCAGAUAUUGGUCGAGUGCAGCGAAACGAGUCUGAAUCAAUGUCUUAGGCAGAUAGCCAUAAACCCAGCAACCCUUUUGCCAGUUAAAUCACAUCCGUUGUCCAAUCAAUCUGGCUUCAAUCCCAGCCUUUGCUUUGGAGAUAUUUUGUUUGGCUUCAUUUGGAAUGGCAAUCCAAAUGCUACCACCAAUGAGAACACGAUUAGGAAUACAUCAAAGUCCACAUCGACAGCCAGUCAAUCAAUGACCAGCGACAGGCAGCAGGAGGAGAGCAGCGCAGAGACAGCGUCAUUGAAGUCAUCCAACGUUUCCAGCGAUUGCUCGACUUCUGGAGUUGGUAAUACAACGUCAGCAUCGAAGGCUCACAACUUUAUACGCACGCACUUUCAACGUGCCACACAGUGUGAUUUUUGUGGCAAGAAGAUUUGGCUAAAGGAUGCCAUGCAAUGCAAAGACUGCACCAUGUGCUGCCACAAGAAAUGCAUUGCAAAGUGCCAGAGCGCCACGGUGUGUGGGCCUGUUGACUACGGUGGAUCGAUACCAAAUACGCCCUCAGCAUUGCCAGUGGUGGUCAAGCCCGAGUUUACAAUCACUCAGCCGGAAUAUCUUGACGUUUCUGCAAGUUCGCUGCCAACGGAGGAUAUCGCUGAGCAGAUGCCGCAAGCUAAUCUGGAUGUGCACAGAGCCAGUUUGACGGGCAUGCUGACACAGGGUAUAAAGCGACAAGCUAGCAACCUAGAUAUACCCGGUAUAGUCUCGUCCCUUUCCGGCAAUAGCUCGCAGAUGAAUUCGAAAAGUUUGCCGCCAAGUCCUCAGCAUACGCCAUCGCGAAAGCCAUCGAUAUCAGAAGAAGUCAGUCCCAAUCCCUUUGUGAGAGUCACACAGCAUUUAGAGGCCCUGCCCGUAGAGUGUUCAGCCUUGAGCUUUGAGCAGGUGAUGCUGAUCACGGAGCCAAUCAUUGGACAUUCUCGAAACGAGGACCUGAUGAAUCUGGCCAAGAGCGACAGCAAGCUGCUCUAUGCGGAGAUACCGCCCAGCGAGAGGGUUACCAAAAUAAAUGAACUGCUAACCAAACUGAAGGGGGCAUUGGAUGCGGAAACAAAGGGCUAUACGUUGCUAAGCUACACUGAGAAGGCGACUACACACAGAAUGGACACGGAGUCGCCAUGGAAAUCAAUGGCCACAACGAAAAUCAAGUCCGAAGAACGCGUUCAGGCCUUAAGCAUCAUUAUGCUCUAUUUGUGCACGGGUCUGCAGCAUGCACAGGGCUCCGCAAUGCAGUAAUCCAAAGGAGCACCGUAAAUUACAUAUAAUUAGUAUUUGUUAUGUAUUUGACUGUAAAUGUGUUAGUGAACCUAUGGGCAUUUUUUAAUUGUGCUACGGCACUUAACAUAUUCUUAAGACGAUUAUUCCGAUGAAACAAAAACCAAAAACCUAAAAUAACAA